AUGUUGGCCUCUAAAGAAAUGUUGUGUUUUCCAAAAUUUGUUAGGUUGAAUUCCACAGCACCAGCUGUAUUUAUUAACAGAAAUCCAAGGAAUCUUGAACGAAUGAGAAUAGCCCGAAAACCAGACGGUUAUCAUUUGGACAAACCCGGUCGGAAGUUUUGGCACAAAUUAAUAUUGACACCCACUAAUAGAACUGUUAAGGCAGAAGUUGUGCAUUAUAUCAACGGACCUGUUAUAGAAGCCAAGACAUCUGAAAAAGCCCUGCGUAAUCAGCUCUACAGUAUGACAGACACAUGUGCUUAUAUCAAUUUGGGGAAGGUGUUUGCGCAGAGAUGCCUUGAGUGUGGAAUAACAGAAAUGCAUUGUGACAUAGAACCGGGUAAAGGUGGAAAAGUUGAAAAAUUUCUGGAACAAGUUGUGAAAGGUGGUAUUCAGCUGAAGGAAGUGGAUGUAUACAAAAAACCGUUACCAUGGGAUCAACAUAGACCAGAAAAACCAUGGGAAGUCAUUGAGGAAUAA